CAUAAAACAAAGUUAUUAGGUGAAACCACCUGCGCUGCGCUAUGGCUCAGCUCCGGCUGCCACUGGCCGCGGCCACCAUGGCUCUCGCCGCCGCCGCCGCCGCCGCCUUCUGCUGCUGCUGCUCCGCCGCCACUGGCUUCGAGUUCAACGAGGCCACCGUCGACGCCAUCCAGCUCGGCUUCAGCAACGGCAGCCUCACCUCCACGACGCUCGUCCGCUUCUACCUCGACCGCAUCGCCCGCCUCAACCCGCUGCUGCACGCCGUCAUCGAGGUCAACCCCGACGCGCUCGCCCAGGCGGCGCGCGCCGACGCUGAGCGCGCCACCGGUCGCCGCUGCGGGCCGAUGCACGGCGUGCCCGUCCUGCUCAAGGACAACAUGGCGACGCGCGACCGGCUCAACACGACGGCCGGGUCGCUGGCGCUGCUCGGCUCCAUCGUGCGCCGCGACGCCGGCGUGGCGGCCCGCCUCCGCGCCGCCGGCGCCGUCAUCCUCGGCAAGGCCAGCCUCUCCGAGUGGUCCAACUUCCGCCCUGUCAAAUCCGGCUGGAGCGCCCGCGGCGGCCAGACGGUGAAUCCCUACGUGCUCUCGGCUGACCCGUGCGGGUCGAGCAGCGGUCCGGCGGUGGCGGCGGCGGCGAACAUGGCGGCGGUGACGCUGGGAACGGAGACCGACGGGUCGAUACUUUGCCCGGCGUCGCUGAAUUCGGUGGUCGGAAUUAAGCCGACGGUUGGGCUCACCAGCCGGGCUGGUGUCAUCCCCAUCUCCCCCAGACAAGACACUGUUGGGCCAAUAUGUCGUACGGUGUCGGACGCUGCCCAUGUGUUGGAUGUCAUUGUUGGGUUCGAUGAGCUUGAUGCUGAAGCGACUGGAGCAGCAUCCAAAUACAUCCCUAGUGGUGGAUAUGGACGAUUCUUAAGGAUGGAUGGAUUGAAAGGCAAGAGGAUUGGCAUCCCCAAUGGCUUUUUCACUGAAGGAGCCUAUGGGAAGACACAACUGAGGGUGUACCAAAAACAUCUUUCCACUAUGAGGAAACACGGAGCCCUGGUGAUAGAGAAUAUCAACAUCACAACAAAUUUGUCUGCCGCGCAGGAUGUUCUUUAUUCCAACGAGAAUAUCGCAUUGCAAGCAGAGUUCAAGUUAAGCCUAAACGCUUAUUUGUCAGACUUGCUGUAUUCCCCAGUUCAUUCCCUCGCCGAUGUGGUAGCAUUCAAUAAUGCACAUCCUGUGGAGGAGAGACUUCAAGAUUUUGGCCAGCCCGACCUGAUUGCAGCUCAAAAAACCAAUGGCAUUGGUCCAGUGGAAAAAGCGGCAAUCCAGCGUCUCAACGAGCUGUCAGCUGAUGGAUUGGAGAAUCUGAUGAGGAUGCACCAGCUAGAUGCGAUUGUCACCCCCAACUCUCAUGCAUCUAGCUUUUUUGCCAUCGGCGGCAUGCCCGCGAUCACCGUGCCGGCUGGGUACGAUGGUCAUGGAGUACCAUUUGGUAUCUGCUUCGGUGGGUUGAAGGGCUAUGAACCGAGGCUGAUUGAAAUGGCUUAUGCUUUUGAGCAAGCUACCAAAGUUCGAAGGAUGCCCAGCUUCAAGCCAUAGAUGGCCUAAUAAUUUGGCAUUGCUGAUGACUGCCAUUGUACCAAAAUAAAUUGUCAGCAAUGUAGGGUGAGAGAGAGAGAAGUGGAAGACAUUAUAUCAGCAGGACGCAUACUUAAUCCUUUCUUACGGAUUGAUACGGUUGAAGGAUAAACUUAGUGGUACAUUAUUGGUACAGACAAACUGAUAUCAAUUUGUUCAAGAAGAGCAAACUCUACAACAUUCUUAUCUACUACUAUAUGUCUAAAUUCAUUAGCAUUUAUAUAAACGUGGGCAAUGCUAAAA